GGAGCGCACAGAGAGCUCCUGUACACUAAAUACUGCUCACCUCAUUCCUCUGAACACAGUAACUCACUGAAUAAUUACUGAACAUCAUCAGAAACCGAGUCUCAUCACUACACAACACUGAGACACUGAGAGCUGAACACCAGUGCUGGAACUAACAAGAGGAGUUCAGAUAGAAGAACUGAACUGAACAGGUUCACUCUGUGUGAAGGACGUUCUCGACCAGAAGCUCCAUGAUGGAGUUUUACCACAUCCUGGGCGUACCCAGAAACGCCACUCCGGACGACAUAAAGAAAGCGUACAGAAAACAGGCAUUAAAAUGGCAUCCGGACAAAAACCCCAACAACAAAGUGGAGGCGGAGAGGAGGUUUAAGGAGAUCUCGAAAGCGUACGAGAUCCUGUCAGACGAGAAGAAGCGCAGCCAGUACGACAGAUUCGGUAAAGACGGCGUCAGAGCAGGAGCAGGACCAGGACGUAAUGACGAGCACUUCGGUGGCGGGUUCACAUUCCGUGACCCUGAGGAGGUCUUCAAGGAGUUCUUUGGAGGCAAAGACCCGUUUGCUGACUUUUUGGGAGAUGACCCGUUUGACCCAUUUGGGGUUGGCGGUGGCCGAGGACAAAGGGGUCCGAUGAGUCAGAACAGGGGCGCGUUCUUCCAAGGGUUCGGUGGAUUCCCGCCUUUUGGAGGUGAAAUGCCCGGCUUUAACCCAGGGUGCCCAUCCUUCGGGCCCGGGCCCCCGCCGAUGGGCGGAGGCAACUUCACAUCGUUCUCCUCUUCCUCGUUCGGUGGCGACGGUGGCAUGGGAAACUUCAACUCCGUCUCCACGUCCACCAAUAUCGUCAACGGCAAAAAGAUCACCACCAAAAGCACCGUGGGGAACGGUCAGGAGCAGGUGGAGGUGUUUGAGGACGGCGUGCUGAAGUCCGUUACGGUGAACGGUAAGGAGCAGAAAAUCAACAACUAAUGACCGACAGCUAAAAGUCGUGGAGAUGGAAACGUUGACCUCCAGUACAACCAGAAUCAUUCCAGCCUAUGAUGGGUCACGUCAAACACCCGAGUAGCCGGGGUGCACUGUAGCUGGCAUUAGGCACAAGAUUUCUUUAUUAUUGUUAUUAUUAUUAUUAUGGGACCAACAGGUGUUAGUUUAUGGGCAACUACAUUCCUUCUACUCUUUAUCUCACUCUUUAACUCAGUGCCAGGGCCCUUCAUCUCCGACAUGGGGCAUGUUUUCCACUAGACUCAAGUGACACCAGGAACUCACAGCCUUUUUACUUCCACGUCCACAAAUUUAUCGACUUCUGAUCAACAUUAAAACAGACAGAGCAGAUUUGGUUGGGAAUUAAACACUGCAAGACUGCAAAGGGGUCCAAAAAUGUAGAAAUAAUACAGAAGCCACUAGUGGUGGCCAACCAGUUUACUUCACUACUUUACUUCGCUGAACUUUGACCCAGUUUGCUGUUCGCUGACCUUUUCAAAGCUCCUCCAAUGUAGCGUUUUGUUUUUAUAAAAAGCACGAUAAAAAGCACGAUAAAUCACGGCACAGCGGCCAAGAUCCAAAACACAGCAAAAAGAAAAUCAUAACCGCUGCUUACCUGAGCUUCUGUUCUUCCAGAUGCUAUUACAUUUAUAAGCGUGUGUCCCAUUAGGAAUAGAAUUCGUUAUUUUGUAAAUGUGCUUAUAAUUAAAAACCUCCAAACUUUUCCCGGUCGUGAAGUAAAACAGGAAGUCGUUAGAAAGCCGAUCGAGCGUUUCAUUACCACGUCAUCUGUGUGACGCAAACUGAAUAAAUGUGAAAAACAGCAUUUCUUACUAACAAUUACAAUCAGAAGCUCUGAUUGGUUCAGAAAGCGGUUCUUAAAAUCAUUAGUGCCGAUUCUGUAGGAGCGUUCCAUUCACCCCAGUUGUUCCUGUGAAGUGCACUACGUAGGGUAUUCCACCAUUUUAAGUGAGAUUCCAAUCCAAAGUAGGGAGUAGGGAGCGACACUUCAUCACUACGCCGGAAGCUGGCUGGAACAUUUACUCAUUGCGUGCGUUCCGGGUUAAAAAGGCCGGAGCGUUAUUAUUAUUAGAGAGCUAAAUAUUUAUAAUAAUAAUAAUUAAAUAUAUAUACAUAGAAUUGUCACACGUAACUAAUGUUAACACAUGCUGAUGCUAGCGACUCUUGUUGUUCAUGAGUCAUUUUCUCGCGAGUCAUCAGUCGAGUCAGAGUCAUUUGAAACGAGUGCCCAUCUCUGGUCCACUGUCACUAUAUAUAAGUAUUAAUACUAAUAAUAAUAUUGAAGUCCAGAUGUUUGGGUCAGUGUGAUCAGGACGUCUCACCGGUGGAUUGGCCGACCAGUUCCUGAUAAGCAUUCCAGAGUUCCUGAAAGAGCACCAGUACCAGUUUCCAGCUGGUAUGAAAAGGGUACCAGAGCGCCACUGAUUAACCCCUCCUCAGUCUCCAUGUAACCCUUCCUACUGAAUUCCAACUGGUUUCACUGGUGAUCGUUUACAUUCCAUUAAUCCAGCUUCAAUUCAUAUCCACAACCGCUUCCUGUUUAGCCGUUUAUCUUCUCUCACUCCUGCAUGAUUUGCCGCCAGCUCGAACCUGAGACUGUUCAUGACUACUUGAUUAAACAUGCAUAUUCAUCUUAUUUAUGUGUGUUAUAAACACUGUGGAAUAAAGUUUCAUGAUGAAUAAAAUCACGUGAUGCUGCA